AUGGUAGAGAAAAUGUCCGAAAUGUCUGACUGGGAUAAUGCGAUUCAGCUUUGGAUAAGGAAGCCGAAUGCGUUUUUAAAAUGCAUAUCCAGCUGCAAAUAUGAUCCCGAAAACGGCGAACGGACACUUUUUCCGAAAUCGGACAAGCAUGGCCCGCUGAUUGAAGCCAUAAAUCACGAUCUGGGGAAAAAUGAAGAGAUAGCACUCGAAUGGACUGCAUUGACAGAAAUUCCUCCUCAUCCGGCUCAGAAGAAGAACUGGCUCGAAUCAAUACUGUUGCCAAAACUGAGCUCCAUUUUCGCCAAUGGACUGUCUGAAAAUACCGCUGCAGCACAGGGGUUUCCCGAAACUCUCAGCCUUGUUGACAAACCGCGGUAUCAAGAGAUUUACAACAGGAUGAAGAGCAAGUACGGAUUGGACUUGGUCAAGGAUUGGCCGGAAGUCACAGACCCCCAAAAGUUCGUUUUCGAAGACAUAGCAAUCGCUUCCUAUUUAUUAGCGCUCUGGGAAAGACUUGACGUCAAAGAUGCGAAAUUCGUUGAUCUCGGUUGCGGAAACGGAUUGUUGGUCCAUCUUCUCAACUUAGAAGGCCACUCUGGUUACGGAAUAGACAUUCGCAAAAGAGCGAUUUGGUCGAAUUUUCCAACGUCAAAACUCGUAGAACGUCCGGUUCUACCAGAAGAAAGCUUUCCAGAGUCAAACUGGAUUCUAGGAAAUCACACGGAUGAGCUUACGCCUUGGGUACCGAUAAUUGCGGCCAGAUCAAAUGCCAGUUUUUGGCUCCUCCCUUGUUGCAUGUUUGAUCUGUUUGGAAAGUGGAACAAUUCUGGCCAGGCGAAGUCCCAGUAUUUGAAUUACCUGUCCUUCGUGAGGUCGAUAUGCGAGCUUGGAGAUGGAACGACCCAGUGGGAUGCCAUGCGAAUCCCUUCAACAAAGCGCAUUUGUUUCGUCGGCAAGAGUGGGUCCGUUACUCCUCGCUUGGAAGAGUUUAUUGAAGAGAAAAGAAACAAGGCCAAUAAAGGACUGAAAAACUGUCAGAACCUCGACAAGAGCAAACGCGAUGAAUUCAUUGGAAGAAUUGUGAAAGAUCUGGAAUCAUCAAUAGCCAGAGAGAACCCCUCUUUAUCGAUCUCGACACUCGUCGAUAAUUUCACAGCCGAGGAGAAAGGAUUGCUCAAAAGUGAAUGCGGAGGAUUCCAGACCCUGAUCAAAAAUAACAAGCAGCUGUUUCAUGUCCAAAUCUUUCACAUGACCUUGCCGCUGGCGCUUUGA